CUCAUGACUAUUCAUGGUCGAGCCUGUGCACGUCAGGACGCAGCACAUCGAGCUGGGAGGCUGCGUGGAGGAGAGACAACAUGCCACACUGGCCCGGCUGCAUCUCUCCCAUCGUUGCUUUUAGGGCGAAUUGGCUUCUAUAAGGGGACAAGGAUCACAAGAAAGCAUUGCAACAGCAAAGGAUAAGACAUGUCUCCUUUUUGUACUGUCAUUUUUAUUUGAAAGCAUGCAUGCACGUAUCGGAGCUAAGCUGCUCGGCUUUAUAUUUGCACACACGGACGUAUCGAGUGACAGCAGGACCAUGUUAUUGUUGUCUUUCUCCUGGACGAUGGACGAUACAUAUCGGGACUAACCGAGUGGCGACUUGUCACGGUACGGGGGAGAUGCUUGGGAACCGCCGUGGGCUGUUUGAGAUGAUAAACGUGUCCCAGCUGUAAGCUCUACAACAAGAACCACUGCUGCUUCCCCGGAACCGAUAGCAUCCAACCUUCGAGUCCGCUUGUUCACUUCGUGAUGCUCCGAGUGAGCUGACCGUGGUGCUGAACGGAUCUGCCCGAAACGCGUUGACCUUUUCUCGCGUGGAAAGUCACCCUCCACGAAGACCCUGCUAGGUGGCCGAGAGGACCACCACACAUGAACUAUUUGGACUAUUUAGGGUCACUUUCAUGGCUGUGGCACGCAAAAUCAAAACUUUGCUGACCGUCAACAUCCUUGUGUUCGUGGGCAUCAUCCUGUUCUCGGUCUACUGCAGGAUUCAGGACCGCUCCGAAGAGCUCGUUCAGAUUGGACGCGCUUCCGAGCAGAGGCUGCGGGCCAGACAUGGCAAAGUUACCAACUUGGUGGACAGGCAAUCUAUUCUCCAGCGGCUGGAGAGGCUGGAAGAUGUGGUCUACAAUCAGCUGAACGGUUUAGCGAAGCCCAUGGGGCUGGUGGAGGGUCCCGGAGGACUUGGUCAGGGAGGAGUCGCUGCCUCUCUUGGGGAGGACAGCCGUGACGCUGAAGGGAAAUACGAAGAGUACGGCUACAAUGCUCAACUCAGUGACAGGAUCUCCCUGGACAGAAGCAUCCCUGACUACAGGCCUAAAAAGUGCAAACAGCUGACAUAUCCAGAGGACCUUCCUCAGAUCUCUGUGGUCUUCAUCUUUGUGAACGAGGCCUUGUCAGUGAUAUUGCGCUCCGUCCACAGUGUGGUGAACCACACUCCAGCUCACCUGCUUAAGGAGAUCAUCCUGGUGGAUGACAACAGCGACAGUGUGGAGCUGAAAUUCAACUUGGAUCAGUAUGUGAACAAGCGUUACCCAGGCCUCGUCAAGAUUGUGAGGAACAGCAAACGUGAGGGUCUGAUCCGAGCCAGAAUCCAUGGCUGGAAUGCGGCCACAGCUCCUGUUGUUGGCUUCUUUGAUGCCCAUGUGGAAUUCAACACUGGCUGGGCUGAACCUAUUCUAACCCGAAUGAAAGAGGAUCAAGCCCGCAUCAUUUUGCCAGCCAUAGACAACAUAAAAUACAACACCUUUGAGGUGCAGCAGUAUGCCAAUGCUGCCCACGGCUACAACUGGGGGUUGUGGUGUAUGUACAUCAUCCCUCCACAGGAAUGGCUGGACAAGGGCGAUGAGACGGCCCCUAUCAGAACCCCAGCAAUGAUUGGAUGCUCCUUUGUGGUAGAUCGUGAAUACUUUGGAGAGAUUGGUCUGCUAGAUCCUGGUAUGGAGGUCUAUGGAGGGGAGAACAUCGAACUUGGCAUGAGGGUGUGGCAGUGUGGCGGCAGUAUGGAAGUUCUUCCGUGUGCCAGAGUGGCCCACAUCGAGCGCACCAAAAAGCCCUACAACAAUGACAUUGAUUACUAUGCCAAGCGCAAUGCCCUGCGAGCGGCAGAGGUGUGGAUGGAUGAAUACAAAUCUCACGUGUAUAUGGCCUGGAACAUUCCCAUGAACAACCCAGGGGUUGAUUUUGGGGAUGUCUCUGAGCGCUUGGCCUUAAGGAAGAGACUGCAAUGUCGAAAUUUCCGCUGGUACCUUGAACAUGUCUACCCAGAGAUGCGGAUCUACAACAACACCAUCACAUACGGAGAGGUGAGGAACAACAAAGCUAGUGGGUAUUGUCUGGACCAGGGCUCUGAGGAUGAUGACAAAGCUAUCCUCUAUCCAUGCCAUGGCAUGUCCUCCCAGCUUGCCCGCUACUCUACUGAUGGGCUUCUUCAGCUUGGACCACUGGGGUCAACCACCUUCCUGCCUGACACAAAAUGCCUUGUUGAUGAUGGCAGAGGGCGCAUUCCCAGUUUGAAAAAAUGUGAUGCUGUUUCCAGGAUUUCCCAGAGGCUUUGGGACUUCACACAGAACGGUCCAAUUAUCAGUAGGGACACAGGUCGAUGCUUGGAAGUGGAAAUGUCCAAAGAUUCCAACUUUGGCCUUCGCUUGGUGGUGCAGAGAUGCUCAGGUCAGAAGUGGAUCAUAAGAAACUGGAUUAAACAUCCCAGACACUAACUCGUGGGGAGGAAUCACAAGGUUCAGUUGAGUGUGGAGCAGGUGUGUGACACCACUGCACGACUGGGCUGUGCCUCAGGCCACAGAGCUUUCAGACAUUGAGACAAAAAAAAAAAAAAAUGAACAUGAUCCAGUCAUGUGCUCUUCCCUGACGUUACCCUUGAGAAGGCCCACAUUACUGGAGCGACAUGUAGAGAUAAGUGUACAAUUAUACAUAAGUGAAACUUAAAAUGAUUUCAUUUCUAUUGUAAAGCUAUUUGUUCUUUGUAAAUGACUGCGUGUGUUCCAUUGUGUGUGUUCAUUUUGAUGAGAUCAUCUGAGCAAAUCAAAUAAUAUAGCUGUAAAUUGUAACGUACCACAUCGAAAUGAUUAUUUUGGAAUUCUGAAAUGUUCCUCUGCCAUAUUGUGCUACCCUGAUACUGUAUGAUAAAUAAUAGGCUUCAAAGGAUUAUUAUCACAUCAGGAGGUACAGGAUUUCACCUUGUAUGUUUAACAGUAUUGCUCACUCUGGAAAGGAGCAAUUGUGUGCCUUUUUUCGUCAUUUGUUUAAUCUGACCAGGGAAUGUCUGUCCCGGAAGCAUGUACAAAGUUUGGAAGUUAAUAUAUGAAACAAUGUAUGAAACAAUCAAAAGAUAGUAAUAUACUGUAAAGAGUGAAGGAUUUGAUCUGACAGGAUAAUAAAAUCAUUUUUAUGAUGAAA